AUGGGUACAUGUAUCGGACAGAGACCCGCAUAUCUUACAAAACCUAAUACAGCGAAAGAAAGAUCAGGGAAAACACAAACGGAUAGUGAAUUGGAACUUGUGAAAACGCAGGAUAAUCUACCUUUGCUAUCUAAUAAAACAAUUGAAAGAUUGCCGGAGAAAGCUCGUUACUUUCCGAAAAUUUUAUUGGAAAUAAGAGCAGUAAUGAAACAGGCAACGACUAAUUUGACAGAUUCAGCUGAUCAAAGCAGUACACCAGCAACAUUUACUAAGACAAACAUAUCACCAUCAUCUAGUCAUGAAAGGGAAAUAUCCAGAAACAAUUCAGAAUCAAGACUAAGAACAGAUUUAGGGGGAAAAAACACAGACACCAGAAAUACUACGCUAUAA